AGCGCUCAAGUAAUUUCGACCCCAACUCCCCAAGCGGCAGCCGCUCGCCGCCGGCGAAAUGCUCACCUACCCCAGCGAUCAUCGGGGUUAUCCUCCGCAGCACGUGGCGGUAUCCCCCUUCUCUACCGCCGCCGCCCCCUUCACCGUGGACGGGCUCCAUCCCGCGGACCAAACAUUCCCCAGCCCUAGCCUCGAUGCCCCCGGCGUCACUUCCCUCUACGCGACGGGCGAGUGGGGGAAUGCGUCGUGGAUGGAAGCCCCCGUGAGAUACAUGGCCCCGGACGCCGCCGCUUCCGCCUCACCAGGGUAUACUGGACAUUAUCAUCUGAAUAAGGAUCUUUCAGGCCCUGCGACAAGCCCCAUUGAUGUUGCUCCUUCAUUUCCUGUUAAGAGUCUGACAAGUGAAAUCACAGUUGGAAAUAUUUCCUGUCGAGCAGCAGAGGCAGAGAAAAAUGCAAACACUCAAAUACUUACAAAAGAAGGUCAAGAACACUCUCACUGCCAUCCAGAUGCUGAGGAGAACUUGUUGCAGAUGUCUGACUCUAGCUCUAGGAAUCAGGCCACAUUCCUGAAGCUAAUACACAAUUUGUCAGUAGUGCUUCUGUCUACUUGCAAUGGUGGUUCUUCGUUACAGGAAUAUGAAGAGAAGAUUCUGAAAUCUGUUAUUCGAAAUCUUAAAGCUGCUUCUUCCAAAGGAGGCAAGGCUACAUUAAAAAGCGAUGAUUGUUUGAGGGACUCCGUUCAAAUCAGUUGCUUGAGAAACAAUUUGUUGGUGGCAAUGCCUGAACACUCAGUGUCAGAGAGCACAGAUUCAGAAUUUAAGACAUCUAUUUCACAGGCUCUUUCUAAGCUCCCAGAGGGUAAUAUGCUCGAUGAUACUGAAGUUUCUCAAGUGUCAAUUUACAAAAAAUUAUGGUUUGAAGCAGAAGCUUCGGUGUGUAAACUCAAAUAUGAGCUUCAACGUUCCCGUAUGAAGCUUGCAACAAUGGAAGUUUUCAGCAACACGCAAACAGUUCCAAUUGACCCGUCAGAAAGUGAAAAAGCCUCCAGAGUAACCAUAUCUGAUGGCCAACCACGUAAUCAUGCCAAAUAUUGCAGUUCAUGUGCUGCGACCUUGCAAUGUCAUGGAGGAGGUAGUGAGAGCAGUCAAUCUUCUUCUCUGAUAAAUAGAGUGACAACUCAACAUUCCACUUAUGUUUUAGCUGCUCAAGUCCCGGCUGCUUCCCCAGUGCCUCCGCCGCCUGCAUUGGUGUCACAGCCUUACACGGCCGCGCCCGACAAUCCUUCAGAACCAUACUGUGGUUACUGUCAUAAGUUGGGGCUCACCCCUCAUCCAUGCUACAAGAAGAAUGAUCAAGGAGACAAUAUUUUUAGUGGCGCCUCUUCUCUGCCAGGUCCAUGCCAGAGCUCCUCCACCGGCCAGGAGCUUCUCACUCAACCACCACCACCUCCUCCUUCAGAUAUAUCAUCUCCAGGGUCCAUUAUUGCUACAAAUAAGAGCAUCGUAAAUGGUCUUGAUGCUGAAAUAUUUGCUCAAAUGAAAGUUCUGGAAUCCCGUAUUGAUAAUAUAAGCUCUUUGGGUGAGAGUAAGUGUGAGAGGCAGCAAGAACCUAGCAAGGGAUCAUACCCCGUUGAAGAUGAUGUUUUGGCGAGGCUGAGAAUUUUGAAGUCCCGCCCUGAUUACAUAACCUCGUUGGGUUUGGAAAGCAGCAACCAUCAGCUAGACACAAGUAUACAUGCAUCAGAUGAGGUUCAUGAAAUGUUUGCUCGAUUGAAAGUUUUGGAGUCCCGCAUUGACAAAAUAAGCCCUUUGGGUGACAACAAGUGUGAACAGCAGGAAAAAGGAAGUGAGGGAUUAUAUCCAGUCGAAGAUGCUGUUUUGGCGAGGCUACAAAUUUUGAAGUCCUGUGCUGAUAAUACUUCUCUGGGUCUGGAAAGCAACAAACAGCAGCUAAAUGCAAGCACGGACAUAUCAGAUGAGGUUGAAGAUGUUAUUAUGGCCAGGCUGGAAAUUUUGAAGUCCCAUCCAGAUGUGGAGGCAUCCUCCAUUGAGGCUGUUGAAGGUGUGGAGCACCCUUGUGCUGUGGGGCUGCGAGUCUCUAGUCACCAGUUACUUCCAUCGCCUGCUGCAGUGUUCGAGAAAACAACAUUGCUAUCGGCUACCGAACCACUAGAGGUCACUGGAGAGACUCCAGCCAUCCUGAUCUCGUCGUCUAACAAAGCACCACCUUUGUGUAGACUUAAAGAUGCACCUUCAGUGAUGGAGAAAGAUCAUUCAGGGUUGGCAGAGGAAGCUCUGCAUUCUGCGCCGUUGUUAAGUGUGCCCCAAGAAGCCGGGGGCUUGGCACAAAAGACUGCAAAAGCUAAGCGCCAUCCGCACGGGCCUACGCCAAGAAGAUUUCGUCUUCCUUCCACCGUCAAAAUAAAGUGUCCCAUCUCAGAGUAGGGGGCACAGGCUAUAUUGCUUAGGAGGCUGGGCAUGGUAAAGAAGGAUGAAGUGGAUGAACGUGCCAUCGACAGAUGUUUGACGGUCUUGGGGGGUUCUUUUCCUAAAAGCUUGCUCCAGGCUAUUUUCUGCGGUUCAAACAUGGUGAAGGGCACUCCUGGUGAGUUAUGGGGUAUCUCGGCCCGCGAUGUUAUCUUCUGAUUUCCCCGUCCCUGUUUGUGGUGCAACCUUGCCAUAUCUAGGGAUCGUUGUAAGCCUCCUUGGUGAGUAGCUAGGUGUUGCUGUAGUGUUGUCUCUUGCUGGUGUCAAGGUAGGGCAUUCGGACGGGUAGAUGGUUUCGUUGUAAACCCGAAAAACCAUGUUUGGCCUCGAACUGUGGGGGAACUAUCAUGUUUGCAGGGCAGGGUCUGAAGCAAACCCCUGAUCGCUGAUCUCCUCUUCAGUUCACCGGCCGGUAAGACGGAUUUCUGCCAGCGUUAGCAGCUCAAGGUGAACUUGUUCCAUGAUGGCUAAUAGGCGAUCAAACCAAUCUGGAACUGUUUAAGCUCGAUCGUGUUGCUCCGAAACGUUGAGGCAGAUUUUUGA